AUGCCUCUCCUUGAAAGCUCAGACACAGCAUACUUCCUAGCCAAAUCAGAUCGGAUGUUGCGAAUAUCAACUUUCUUCCUCCUGAUAUCCCAUGCCUUUUCCAUGAACUUCAGCUUCACCAGUUUCCAGCCCAAUGAUUAUAGCAUGAUAUCGUGGGAAUUAUCAGCUUACAUUGCAGAGUCACACCUCUACUUAGUAAGAAACCAAAAGGAGCUAUCCUCAGACAAUAGUCAAGGUCGAGCCACAUAUCAAGGACCGAUGCCCUUGUGGGACAAAGCCACCGGGAAACUCGAUGGCUGGCUAAUAUCACAGGAGGCAGAUCAAAUCAGGCUUUCAUCAGCUACAAUUUUCGGUUUCUCAGCAGCCACAGGAACAUCAGUUGUAGUACAUAAGGUCGAUACAUGGAGUUUCUACUCAGAGGACUUCCCACGUAUUGCUCCCAGUACAGGUAGAAAUGCCACAGCACUUGCUAUAGGAUUAGGGGUUGGAGGGUUUGUUUUAGUUUGUCUGGUUGUAUUGUUUUUCUUGUGGAAGUACAAAAAGAAAAUAGAAGAUGGUGAGUCUAAUGACGACAUCAGUCACGAUGAUUUUGAAGCAGGAACAGGGCCCAAAAAGUACUCUUAUGCCGAAUUGGCAAGUGCCGUAGAUAAUUUCAAAGAUGAGCAAAAGCUUGGUCAGGGAGGAUUUGGAGGGGUCUAUAGAGGUUUUCUCAAAGAUUCAAACUCCUAUGUUGCCAUAAAGAGAAUUUCAAAGGAUUCUAAACAGGGGAAGAAGGAGUUUGCUUCAGAAGUAAGAACUACUAGUCAACUAAGGCAUCGAAACUUGGUGCAACUAAUCGGUUGUUGUCAUGAAAGGAAAGAGAUGUUGCUAGUUUACGAGUACAUGCCAAAUGGAAGUUUAGCUUCUCAUCUCUUUGAUGACAAAAGGUUUCUCACAUGGUCAAUUAGAUUUAAAAUUGCUCAAGGCUUCCCCUCUGCCUUAUUAUACCUGCAUGAAGAAUGGGAACAAUGUGUGGUUCAUAGGGACAUAAAAUCGAGCAACAUCACGCUAGACUCCAACUUCAAUGCAAAACUUGGAGAUUUCGGAUUGGCACGACUUGUAGACCAUGCAAAAGGAGCACAAACUACAGCUUUAGCAGGAACUAUGGGUUACAUGGCUCCUGAAUGUAUCACUACUGGAAGGGCCAGUAAAGAAUCUGAUUUAUAUAGUCUUGGAGUUGUUGCUCUAGAGUUAGUUUGUGGAAGAAAACCUCUCAACCAUAGGGUUCCAGAAGAUGAAAUAAACAUAGUGAAUUGGGCGUGGGAUCUCUAUGGAAGCGGGAGAAUUCUUGAAGCAGUUGAUCCAAGGCUACAAGGAGAUUUUGACCACAAUCAAGUGGAACGCCUGAUGAUCGUUGGGCUGUGGUGUGCUCAUCCUGAUCAUAACCAUAGACCUUCAAUAAGGCAAGCAAUUCAUGUGCUUAACUUUGAAACUCCAUUUCCUAGUCUUCCUUCAAGCUAG